AUGAGCAAGAGUCCCGCCGGCACUGGCAAGUCGUUCCUUCUGCGCAAGAUCAUCGAAGGCUUGGAGGUUAAAUACCUCGAAAACCCCAGAUGCGUGGCUGUAACCGCCUCUACCGGCCUUGCAGCGUACAGCAUUGGCGGCACAACCCUUCAUCGCUUUGCCGGGAUUGGUGUUGGUAAAGCACCUACUAUAAAGCUCAUCAGGGAGAUCUUCAAGGAUCGAAAGUUCAAGCUGAAGCGCUGGGAGGAUACUGAAGUCCUUAUCGUCGAUGAAAUCUCCAUGAUAGACUCUACUCUCUUCGACAAGCUCGAUAUAAUCGCGCGCAUUGUGCGGCGAAACAACAAACCAUUCGGAGGAAUUCAGCUCGUGCUUACUGGGGACUUCUUCCAGCUCCCACCCGUGUUGGAAGGGCCGGAUGACGGCAGCCCGAGAUUCUGCUUCGAGGCCGAAUCGUGGAAGACGGCCAUUGAACACACAAUCGGCCUAACUCAGAUCUACAGACAGAAAGAUCCUGCUUUCGCUGGGAUGCUAAAUGAGAUGCGUGAGGGCCUCGUCACACCAAGCACUAUUAAUGCUUUCAGACGACUACGCAGGCCUCUGAAACGAGUCGCCAUUGACGACCCAGAAGCCACCGAGCUCUUCCCUCUACGCCGCGAAGCAGACGCGGCGAACCAAAAACGAAUGCAUAGAAUCAAGAGUCCAGUCCAUACCUACCUCGCUAAACAUGGCGGUAUAAUUACAGACCCAGACACCCGCAAGAAACUCCUGUCCACCUGUACAGCACCUGAGGUCCUCCAGCUGAAGCAGACUGCCCAAGUCAUGCUCAUCAAGAAUGUAGACAAAACCCUCGUGAACGGUACCUUGGGUCGCGUCAUCGGGUUCGCAAGUAGGGAAACCUUCUUCCACAGUCCAUGGCACAGCGAAGUCCGAGAUGAAUAUCAAGAAUUUGAUCCCAGUACCACACCAUCUACGAUCGUGGACGGUGCCCCGGAGAACCUCGCGCCGCUUUACCCGGUCGUACGCUUUCAGCUUAGGAGCGGGAGAACGCGGACCUUGUUAUGCACGCCUGAGCUGUGGGCCGUUGAGCGGUGGGUGCCUGACCCGGAGGAGGUUAACGAAUGGAUCGUCGAGGAGCUGGCAACCCGCACUCAGGUCCCUCUCAUCCUCGCAUGGGCGCUCAGUAUUCACAAAUCACAGGGCCAGACGCUAGACCUUGUGAAGGUAGAUCUGGGCCGCGUGUUCGAGACGGGACAAGCUUAUGUCGCAUUGUCGCGUGCGACGAGCAUGGACGGAUUGCAAGUGCUAAACUUCAACCCGAGGAAGGUGACUGCGCAUCCAAAGGUGAAGGCCUUCUACGAGAGUUUAUCGAAACCAUUAGUCUUUGACAUUGCAUGUUCACCAGCGCCGACUCGGUAUCUGAAGACUGGCAAGUCAGUGGCAGUUAGACGGAAUUAG